GCACUCCUCCCUCCCAGCCUUUGCCUUGGCUUAGCCCCUGCGCCGCAGCAGCCUGGCUCCCCGGCCCUGCCCCAUGCCCUGUGCCGGCUCCCCGGGGCUGUCACCCCAACCCGCUCCCCGCAGGACCCCCCCACUCUGCCUGGCGUUGCCCUCCGGCCCCUGCGAAGCCCCAGCAAGCGAUGGAGGGAGAUCCCACCCUGCAGCUCCGCAUCUUCGACCUCAACUGCUGGGCCAUCCGCUACCUGAGCAAGCGGCGGCAGGAGCGCAUCCAGCUCAUCGGGGACACGCUGCACCGGGAGGGCUUCGACCUGGUGCUUCUCCAGGAGGUAUGGAGCGAGCAGGACUACAGUGACCUGAAGGCGAAGCUGGGAGGCUGCUAUCCCUUCUCCCAUUACUUCCGCAGCGGGGUGAUCGGCAGUGGCCUCUGCGUCUUCUCCAGAUUCCGCAUCCUGGACACCCUCCUCUAUCAGUACUCGCUGAACGGGUACCCCUACAUGCUCCAGCACGGGGACUGGUUCUGCGGCAAGUCCGUCGGCCUCGUCGUCAUUAAGAUCUCCGGGAUCGUCUUCAACGUCUACGUCACCCAUCUGCACGCCGAGUACUGCCGGGAGAAGGACGCCUACCUGCCUCACCGCCUGGUGCAGGCCUGGGAGCUGGCACAGUUCAUCCGACACACCUCGAAGGCAGCUGACGUGGUGCUGCUGGGAGGGGACCUGAACAUGCACCCUGAAGACGUGGGCAUCCGGCUGCUGCGCGGCUGGACGGGGCUGCGGGACGCCUUCACCGAGGCCACACGCUUUGAGGGCUGUGAGGACGGCUGCACCCUCGUCCCCAACAACUGCUUCACCCUCAAGACAGAGCUGCUCCCCUUCCCGCUGGGCAUCCGCAUCGACUACAUCCUCUACAAGGCCAUCUCCAGCUUCACGGUGAAGUGCGAAGAGCUGAAGACCACCACGGGGACAGCCCCGGGUAUGGACAUCCCCUUCUCAGACCAUGAAGCCGUGAUGGCAACGCUGCACAUCCGGAGGCAGGGACAGGCUGCGGGUGCCACCCUCGGCACACCUGAGCCGGCACUGGUGGACGUGGUGACGGAGGCGCGGACAGAGGUGGGCGUGGGGCUGCGGGCAGCGCAGCAGCAGCGCUACUCCACGGGCAGGAUGGCCGUGCUGGCCCUGCUGCUGCUGCUGCUGCAGGCAGCGGCCGCGCUGGGCGCGCUGGCGGGGCUGGCAGCCGGGCAGCCCUUCCCCAAGCUCUCCUUCUCCCUGCUGGCCUUCCUCGCCAUCGGCGUCCUCCUCCUCGCCACCGGCCUCCACCUCUUCCACACCAUCGAGGUGAAGAUGCUGCAGGGCACCGAGGAGCAGAUGCGGAUGGCGCUGCGGGCGCUGCAGGAGCGUCCCAGCGACGGCUGAGCCGGGGCCGUAGGUGUCCCACGAUGUCCCUCCGGCCCCAUCCUGGCCCCUUUCGGUCCCUUUUUCUAGUUGACUUCUGGUUUUAGGUGAGCAGCGCUGCGGCCGGCUCGGUAGCGCAGGUUCGACAGCCACCCCUCUGGGUGAAAUUUAAGAUUUUUGGGGCAGAUUUGUCGCGUUGGCCCCUGUGGGAACCACGACGGAGGCGGGUUUUAAUUGCUGAUUUUUUUAAUAUACCCUUUCUACCUGGAGGGACCUGCUGGCGUGGCCGGGAGGCUCGAGAGGCUCAGCCUCCCUUUGCCUGGGGCGGCCUCGGGGGCUCCCGGUGAAAGCUGGUGACUGCUCCAGCAACCAGAUUUGACUCGGAUAGAAAAUAAAGGUGGUAUUUUAGCCCUUGG